AUGUCUGACCAGUCCAUCGUCUUCACCAAGAACGCCCCGGCCCCCGUCGGCCCUUACUCCCAGGCCGUCAAGACCCCCACCGCCAUCUACUGCUCCGGCCAGAUCCCCCUCAACCCCGAGGGCGUCCUGAUCGAGGGCAACAUCACCCAGAAGACCAAGCAGUGCAUCUCCAACCUCGAGGCCGUCCUCAAGGAGGCCGGUUCUUCCAUUGCCAAGGUCGUCAAGGUCAACAUCUUCCUCGCCGACAUGGGUGACUUUGCCGAGAUGAACGGCGAGUACGAGAAGUGGUUCACCCACAAGCCCGCUCGCAGCUGCGUCGCCGUCAAGACUCUGCCCAAGAACGUCGAGGUUGAGAUUGAGGCUAUUGCCCUCCCUUAA